AUGCAGCCAAAAUUCUGGUGCAAUCCGAGCAAACAGGGAAGUAUUUAUACCUGUGCUGAAGACCUCGUCAUCACCUCGGAGCAGCAGCCCAUGGUGCAGCAGGGCCGAUACUCCAUCUGGGACAAUCGCACACUGCGGAGGUUCACAGUGACUGUGCAGAACCUGGCCAAGGAGGACGCAGGCACCUACCGCUGCGGGGUGCGAACGGGCUGGCUGUCUCGUGACGACAGUGACGUUGUGAAGGUGUUCGUGUCCCCAGUUCCUUCUUCCGCCUCCCCGGCAUCACCCUACACGCCGACCACUGAGCCCCCUGAUUUCACUACCUCUGCGUCAGUCCCCACACAGACAACUCCCCCGGGGAAAGCCGUGCCGCCGGGAUCAAACCUCUCCCACUACGAAGGCUCCAGCACUCCACGCUUAAGCAAGAGAGCGGAUGCCUUGAACUACGCAGUCAUUAACCACCGCGAGAGCCAGCUGUACAGCAGUGCCGAGGCUUUCCGCUGCUCGGCAAACAACGCAACCGAAUACACGGAGGUCAAGCAGAGCAACAAGUGUUUGGAAGAGAAAAAAGAGGCUACAUAUGCCAGCAUGCGGAAGGCCCUGCCAGAGCAGCAGGAGAUCUACGCCAAUGUGCUGCCAGCCUCACAGCCCAGAGGAGAGCCCUGCAGCACGGUGUGGGGCAUCUGA